AUGAAUACCGACGCAUGUUCUUCAAUUGUUCGACUCAAUAUAGGUGGAAGCAUAUUUUGCACAACUGUUGAUACGCUAACUCAUAGGGAGCCCCAUUCGAUGCUUGCUGCCAUGUUUAGUGGUCGCCACACUGUUCACAAGGACUCUGAUACGGGGUGUGUGUUUGUUGACAGGGAUGGGACACACUUUCGUCAUAUAUUAAAUUGGUUGAGGGACGGUGUGGCUCCCAACUUGUCUGAUUUGGAGCGUUUAGAGCUUUUGCGGGAAGCAGAAUACUAUCAGCUUCUUGGACUUGUGGAAAGGAUAAAUAUGGUGUUGAAUAAGAAGAAGGUGGAUGGAAAAAUGGAUACUGACUUAACACGCACUGAUAUUAUCAAAUGCGUGCAAUCUAAUAAAAAAUAUCGUCUCAAAUUAAGAGGAGUAAAUCUAUCUGGGCUUGAUCUUUCAAACCUGGACUUGUCGAAUGUUGACUUGAGUCGUGCGUGCCUCAAAAAUACUAAUUUUUCAGGUGCUAUUCUCAGAGCUGCGAAUUUUAGCGAAGCCAAUCUGGAAGGAGCCGAUUUAAAGGGUGCCGAUUUGCUUUCUGCCAUUUUUACGGGUGCAAAUCUUCAACAUGCUGAUCUUCGUCAUGUGAGAUAUAUGAGCCAUACGCUAGACGGUAUAACUUUACGUGGGGCGAUUUUAAACUGA